GAACUGCAGCGGAAAGUGUGUCACUGACUUAAUCUGAAAAAUUUCCUUUUUGUGUCCCAUGUGAAAUCAAACGUCAACAAUGACUUAUUUUUUUAACCCAAACAAUCAUCAUUUCCAACUUAAGCAACUAGUUUUAUUGCCAAAUGCCAUAAAAUAGGGUGUGUUUCUGUCUCUGUGCGAGCCCUUUUCACUUUCAGUGAGUUGUGCUCUCUGAAGUCCCUCCUAUUCUCUUUAUUGUUUCCUUUAAAUAGUCUCUCAUGUCCUGCUCUCACUACAUUACUCACCACUGCUUUAUCAGAAAGCACUCUGAUGUGCCUUGCUCGAAUUCUCAGAAGACGAAAUUAACUUUCAGGACAGUCUGACUGAUACAACAGCCCUCUUUUGUGGAACAACUGUUUAACCGCACUCACUAGCACAGCUUACACCUGACUCAGUAAACCUUUCUUCUGCAAAUCUUGCCCUCCACCAGCUUCAUCCAGCCUUCAGAGCAUUGAUACUUCUCACCAUGUCAACCCGGCCCACCCAGUCUUACCAUGAAGAUGCCUACAUGUCCCUGAUGAGAGACCUGAGAGAGCUGGACUUGCGAGGCCCCGGUGUUCCAAGUAACCUUCUUCUGACUGGAGACCAUGCCUUUCCUUUAGCAGUGAACAGCCAAGGCCAGGUCCUGAUGGCAGCCUCUCUGUAUGGAAAAGGAAGGAUCGUGGUCCUGAGUCACGAGAGCUACCUGACCACCUUUCCUGCUCUGGUAGAGAAUGCUCUGACCUGGCUGAGAGGAGAUGGAUCAGAUAACUUGUCUGUUGGGGUUCAUAAAAACAUCCAGGCAGUUGCUGAUAACCUCAGCAAAUCCAUCUUCCAAACUAAAGUUGUGGAGGCCUUUAGUGACAACCUGAGGGUCGGUGUGUAUGUGGCUGAUGCCUACAGUGUUGGUACAGAUGUGAGAGACCUGGUGGCAUUUAUGAAAGCUGGAGGAGGAGUGCUGAUAGCAGGUCAGGCAUGGCACUGGGCUCAUACACACCCUAAGGAAAACACACUGCUUCAGUUUGUGGGAAACAAAGUUUCUGGUGUAGCAGGGAUCUACUUUACUGAGCAUCAUGGUGCGGUAGAGUGUCUGCCUGUCUACCCUCAGAUCCCAUCUUCAUGGAUGGCUGUGAAUGUUGGUAAGGAUUUCGAGGAUGACUUGGAGUUCUUACUUCAAGGGAUUUCAGAGUUUGACAUCCAGGGUGACUUCCGACCUUGUGAAGUUAUGGUCCAUGGCCCUCUAGCCUUCCCCAUUGGUACCACAAACGAUGGACGGGCGUUCCUAGCAGGAACCUACUAUGGGUUGGGAAGGGUUAUUGUGGCGACACAUGGAGCUCUUGUGAAACAUAAGACGCUGGCUUCAUUUUGGAACAAUGCAAUUGAUUGGUUGGACCAAGACCGAAAGGGGGUCAUUGGUCUUAUGCCAACAUUCAACCUUUGCAGACCAGGGUUAACAUGUGAGAAGACGAAGAAGUUCAGAAAAGACCUCAGUGUAUUUGUGUGUUCAGCACACAUUAAUUAUGAUGUGGAGGAAAUCCAAGACUUUGUGGCGGAGGGAGGAGGCCUGCUGAUUAGUGGACAAGCCGGGCGCUGGUCAUAUAGACACCCUUGGCAGGAUUUCCCAGGAAACAAGAUCCUUAACAGAAUGGGACUGACCCUGUUGGUGACCAUAUUAAAAAAUGGUUCCUACGAGGUCCCUGUGCCUAGCCAGGCCAUGAAAGACAACCCCCACUUCCGCCACCUUCUGCGCCGCUUUGCUGGUGAUGUUAUCAGCGGGGAAAAACUUACCAAGCACGAGGAGCAACACCUUACAAAACUGGACAUGAAGUGUCUCUAUUUCUUGAACCUUAAGGCUUAUAACAGCUACUACUACACACAGGUGGUUUCCGCCUUGGUUGACAUAUUGAAGAAGUAUGGCAUGCCGCAGGUGAGUGAGAAAAAACCUGUGAAGAGUCCACAAGACCGUUUCCUUCUCAGUGUGGGGACAGAGGUGUAUAAUGUUUCCCCAGAUCGUGAUGCCCUCCUGCCUUAUCUCAUCAAAAAUAAUCCCACGAUGUCUUUUGUCAACAACCAAAGCAUCAGGAUUAAUUCUAAAACUGCAGGAAACAAGGUGUGGCUUAGUACAGGUUUGUACCUCACUCCUGGUAUGGAGACUGAGUUGAUCAUACCAGCAGAGAUCAUCAACAAGGGAUGGAAGGUUCAGAUAAGCUGUCAAACAGACCACCUGCAAGCUAAAACACUGAAGAGAGCACCACGUGUUUACAAGAUAUUUCCUGUUACCUCAGAGAAGAUGCAGGUGUGGAACCUGUGGGGGGGGCUCAUCUACCUGGUGUCCCCACCCAACACAAAUGUGGAAAGGGCAGAGAUCAUAGUGCAGAAAGCUGUGCUUGCUCCUUAUUACAAGUCUGAUGUAACCACAGGGGCUGACUGGACAUUGUUGCGCACAGCUCCAUCACCCUGGGCUGAGUUUGAGUUUGACAACAUCAUCCUAACUGUACCAUCACGUCUUGUUCGAGACCUGGAGCGCCCUGAUGAGGUGGCAACACUUUGGAAUGACAUUAUGAAGGGAGUUGCAGAUUUGGCUGUCAUACCACACAAAUUUGCACGCAAAGAACGCAUUGUAGCAGAUGUGCAGAUUUCUGCUGGUCUGAUGCAUUCAGGCUAUCCUAUAAUGACGCAGACAUUUAUAGCAGCUCAGUUGCUCCGACCAGAUGAUGCCAGGACCAAAGGCCUGUGGGGAGAACUUCAUGAACUGGGACAUAACCAACAGAGAAGCUGCUGGGAGUUCAGACCUCACACCACAGAGGCCACAUGCAACCUGUGGUCAGUGUAUGUGUAUGAAGAGGUGCUGGGGCUCAACAGGGCUAAGGUUCGAUCUUUGAAGCCAGGAAAUCGAGAGAGACAAAUAAAGAAGUAUGUUGAAGGGGGCAAGAUACUCGGGAACUGGAACUUGUGGGUGGCUCUGGAGACAUACUUGCAGCUACAAGAAAAGUUUGGCUGGGAUGCCUUUAAGAAGGUGUUUGCUGCCUACCACAAGAUGAGCAACUUUCCCAAAGACAACAAAGGAAAGAUGAACCUGUAUGCUGAGACUUUCUCCCAGACUGUGGGGAUGAACCUGGCUGGAUUCUUUAAGGCCUGGGGUUGGCCCAUCGAAUCAGCCACUGAAGAGAAAUUCUCCAACCUGCCCUCCUGGACUGACCACCCCAUGGUCCAGUAUGACUGAAAUUUAGAUGGAAGUUGACUGAUACUGCAGAAAGAUGAGUAUUAAGUUACAAUGUAGUAAUUAAUGAGUAUAACUGGGUUGGUUUUUGUUAUUGUAGUAAUAAUUUCAAAUAAAAGUGAAAACAGGAAGUAAUAUGUCAAGAUUAGAAAAUAAGUUUAUGAUGAUGUUGCCUGAAAAACAUUGAGUUAACGGUCUAAAACAAAAUGAAAUAAUUCAGUUCACAAGUGUGAAAUAUACAUAAUUAACUGUCAGCAUUAACAACAAAAUUUUGCUCACAUGACUCCUCAUUUAUUUAUCUCUGGUUGAUUUUUAUUACUGUGAUAACGAUUAUUUCUGAUGACUCCUGACUAUAAAGUAACCGAUCUGAGAAUGCAGAAAAUGUCAACUAGAUGAUCCUGCAUCUCUGUAAAACAAGUUUUUUUUUUCUAAAAUUUGUUCCAUAUGUUGUUCCUUCUGCAAAGAAAAGGGGAAGUGUAGCCAGAGUAACCAGUUGUAUUUUAAUAAGUAACAGAUGUAAUGUUUCCUUUCUCUGAUUUAUCAUUAAGUCUCUCCUUGUUUUGUUUUUAACAUUUAACGCAUUUUUGUUUAUUAUUGCUGUUUCCUUUUUAUCAAUACUUGGGCUUG